CUCAAGCGUUUAUCGGGCCUCUGCAAAUCUAUUAGAGAGAGAGAGAGAGAGAUUGAUUCGUCGUCGUUUUGGUUUUUUCUUUUCCACAGAAAAAAAGUUGCGAUGAAUGGAAGAGAAGGAGAAGAGUGUGUGAAAACGGAGCAAUGCAAAGAAGCAGCAGUGGUGUAUAUGUGGGGGUAUAUUCCAGGGGCUUCGCCGGAGAAAUCUCCGAUUCUUUCUCCGUCUACAGUACGGCUUCCGGAUCCGUCUGGCGUUGGAGAUUCCUGGAAGGAUGUUUGCGGUGGUGGUUGUGGUUUCGCCAUGGCCAUCUCAGAGUCCGGGAAGCUUAUAACGUGGGGCUCGGCAGAUGAUGAGGGUCAAAGCUAUUUGACUUCGGGGAAGCACGGGGAAACUCCAGAGCCUUUUCCUCUUCCAACUGAGGCUUCAGUGCUAAAGGCAGCUGCUGGAUGGGCCCAUUGUGUUUCAGUCACAGAGACAGGUGAAGUAUACACAUGGGGAUGGAAGGAGUGCAUUCCCUCUGAAAAGAUUUUGUGUGACUUGCUUAUCAGGGGAAAUUUCCAAAAGGAUACUACUGGGAAACAAAAUUCAUUAGCAAAUGACCAAGUGAGCGCGAAGGAUCAAGGCUCCAAUUUGAGUGGUGGGCCAAUAUCUCAGGUUGAUAACAAAAGUAUGGGAGAUGAAAAUGGGAAGCGAAGGAAAUUAUCACCAGCUAAGCAAGAAUCUGAGAGCUCAACAACUGGGGAUGAUUACUUCACAAUUUCACCUUGUCUGGUAAAUUUGGGUGCUGGAGUGAGGAUCACCGCUGUCGCUGCUGGUGGGCGCCAUACAUUAGUACUGUCAGAUAUGGGACAGGUGUGGGGUUGGGGCUAUGGAGGCGAAGGGCAGCUAGGUUUGGGUAAUCGGGUAAAGACAGUGGCUUCUCCUCACGUCAUACCUUGCAUUGAGCCAUCUGCUUCAGGGAAAAGAAACGUGAGUUCAUCAACACAAGUUUCUAAAGUUCUUGGAAGUUACGUGAAAGCAAUUGCUUGUGGAGGCCGGCACAGUGCAGUAAUAACAGAUGCUGGAGCACUGCUUACAUUUGGCUGGGGACUUUACGGACAGUGUGGGCAAGGGAGCACAAAUGACCAACUGAGGCCAACUUGUGUGUCUUCUUUAUUGGGUACGCAAGUGGAAAGAGUUGCUGCUGGACUUUGGCAUACCUUAUGCAUCACUAUUGAAGGUUGUGUGUACGCCUUUGGUGGGAACCAAUUUGGACAGUUGGGAACUGGUGCCGACCAGGCUGAGGAUCUACCAAGGCUUUUGGAUGCUCCGAGUCUCAAGAGCAAGCAUGCCAAAUUAGUUUCUUGUGGGGCUCGUCACAGUGCCGUACUAACAGAGGACGGCCAACUAUUCAGCUGGGGAUGGAACAAGUACGGCCAGCUUGGCCUAGGGGAUUCUACCGACCGAAACGAACCCUCUCAAGUGUCAAUUGAUGGUUGUCGGCCAAAAAAUGUUGCCUGUGGCUGGUGGCACACGCUACUACUGGCAGAAAGACCCAUUUGAGCUGAAAGUUUUGUUAGAGGACGGUAGUUAGUGUUCUUAAUUAGUUCUUUUCAUGUAUAAUGUAUACAUAAAAGGUCCGUUUGGGAGUGCAUUUUAAAAAAAAUAAUCUGCGUUUUUAAACAAAAUCUCAAUUUUAAAGUGUUUGGGAUUAUGAUUUUAAAAACGCAAAUGUUAAAAUCAUAGAAAAAUCUACGAUUUUUAUAAGCUAACUAGGAAAAGCUUAUUUGAAACAAUGCAAAUUUAAACCAAAAUCACGAUUUCACUUAAAUCAAUAUUUGGCGCAAUAUUUACCUAUUUGGCUAUGAAACCACAAUUAUAUGCUAAUGUUGUUCAAAUACUCAAUUGAUAAAAAAAAGUACUUCUUAACAUGUUUUAUUAAACGCCUAUGCGAUUUUAAAAAGUAGCGAUUUUAAAAACGAUAAUUUUUAAAAUUGCACUUAUUAAAAUCGCACUCCCAAAGGUGCCUCGUGUGCGUGCAUGCAUGCAUAUGUGAACGUUUUCAUUCUUUUAGGAGGUAGUCCAUCGUUUACAGAACACAAAGAAGUGCAUGAGUUGUACACAAACAAUAAAUCCUUGUAGUGGUACAAUAGAUCUGUGCCUUCUAACGCCA